GCGGGCGCGGGUUCGCCGCCGCUGCGGGCAGGUGCGGGCGGGCGGCACCGGCACCGGCGGGGGGGCCGCGCCUGCCGCGAUUGGCCCGGCCUGGCCCGGCUCGGCCCCCUCCGGGGGGCCCGGCCCGCUGCCCCCCUCCGCGCCCCGCUUUUAAGCCCCCGGUGCCGGCGGGGUGCUGGGCUCCACCGGCGGCGAUGACCCUCUGCGCGCCGUGAGCACGGCCCCAGGUCAAGGAUGGUCCAUGUGAUGGGGGAUGCCGGCUGCUGGUUCCUGCUCGGGCUCUCCCUCCUCCCCAUCGCUGUCCUGGGCUCCCAGGACGAUGGGAAGGUGAUCCACAUCAACAGGGUGCAGCACCAGCCCGUGCGCGUGGGGCUAGGGGAGCCGGUGGCCCUGCCCUGCCUCUUCCUGCUGCACCCCUCUGCCUCACUGGGGCCCAACGAGCCCCCCGACCCGCCCCGCGUCAAAUGGAGCAAAGUCCGCUCAGCCACCGGCCAGAGGGAGGACAUCCCCAUCCUGGUGGCCAAGGACAACGUGGUGAAGGUGGUGAAAGCCUACGAAGGCCGAGUGUCCCUGCCCGGCUACCCCCGUGACCGCUACAACGCCACGCUGCUGCUGCGCGCUGCCCGUGCCAGCGACGCGGGGCUGUACCGCUGCGAGGUGGUGGCCGGCAUUGACGAUGAGCAGGACCUGCUGCCGCUGGAGGUGACAGGCGUCGUCUUCCACUACCGCCCUGCGGGUGAGCGCUACACACUGACCUUCACCGCCGCUCGCCGUGCCUGCCUGGACAACUCUGCCAUCAUCGCCUCGCCCCAGCACCUCCAGGCCGCCUUCGAGGAUGGCUAUGACAACUGUGAUGCAGGCUGGCUGGCCGACCAGACCGUGCGGUAUCCCAUCACGCUGUCCCGGCCCGGCUGCUACGGAGACCGCAACAGCCUCCCCGGCGUCCGCAGCUACAGCCGGAGGGAGCCCAGUGAAGAGUACGAUGUCUACUGCUACGCCCGGGAGCUGCAAGGGACGGUGUUUUACGCCACGGUGCCGGGCCGGUUCACCUGGCAGGGGGCCUGGAGGCACUGCCGGAGUCGGGGGGCUUUGCUAGCCACCACCGGGCAGCUCUACCUGGCGUGGCGCGAGGGUUUGGACCAGUGCGACCCGGGCUGGCUGGCCGACGGCAGCGUCCGCUACCCCAUCAGGCUGCCGCGCAGGAAAUGUGGUGGCGAUGCAUCGGGUGUCAGGACCCUCUACCAGUUCCCCAACCGCACCGGCUUCCCACCCCCCACCUCCAAAUUUGAUGCCUACUGCUAUAAAGGUAAUGCCCUGGGUGCCCCAAACGAAGCCGCAGGGCAGAGGGAGCCAGAGAAGCCGGUACUGCCUGUGCCCAACCCACUGGGCAGCGACAACGUGCUGGUGGAGCACAGUGAGGACCUGGACACGUCAGGGGACACCCUGCGUGACCGCUACGGCCUCCUGCCGCAGCCAGGACCUGCAGGGCUGGGUGAGGAUGAGGAUGAGCAGUUGCGGCUGGUGAGCGGCAGCCCGGUGGCACAGCGCGGUGACCUUCCGGGGGCUGCACCCUCUCGUGGGCUGGGGCUGGGUGAUGGUACGUCCCUGCUUCCCACUACGGCCUCCUCGCCGGCGUGGCCCCAUGAAGAUGAAGCUCUCAACGUGGUGGACCAGGCGCCGGUGAGCUCUUGGCAGGAUCCGGCCAGCACCAGCCCAGCAUCGCCAGUGCAAGAAGACCCUGAGGAGCCCCUGGCUGCCCUCCUGCCACAGAACCAAAGCCCAACCCAGGAGCACAUCACCGGCUCACCGCCAGCACUGCCGGGGCUGGGGACAGUCCCUGGCGCGGCAGCAGGGACCCCCAGCACCCCACCGGCCAGUUCCCAUGUCCCACGGCAGAGCAGCUACGCCGGGCUGAACGGGCGCUACUUCCAGCUGCAGCGGCAGAGCCGGGACCCUGCGGUGGUGGCUGGGGACACCACGGUGGCUGGGGACCCAGUGGGGAAGGUCACCCAGGCCCCUGUCAUGGCCCUGGAGGUGAAGGGGGCUGCAGCCAACACUGUGGAGACAUGGAGCAUCCCCCGUGCCAGCACUGAGAGCCUGCGGCAGGAGGGCAUCUACUUGCCCUCCAACGCAGUGGAGGAGGAGAUUGGCCCUGAGCUGAUGGCACCGGCCACCGCCCAGGUGUCCCCCUCACCGCAGGCGCCUGCCAGGAGGGAAUCGCCACAGCAGAGCCCCGGCAAUCCUGGGGGGCCCACACAGACACCCCCUCCGCAGUCCCCAUCCCUGCCUCCCCCCGUGGUUCCCCACGAUGCUCUCGGUCACCAGGACAUCACCACAGCUGGGGCUCAGCCUCAUGUCCCCAGCGCCCGCGGGGACUCCCCCCGGCCACCCGCAGAUGCCACUGAGGACUUUUCCGGGGACACUGUCUCCCAGGAGGAUGGUGGCUCCGUCCCACCGUGGCCCCCAUUGCCCCCAGCCCCGUUGGUGGCCGAGGGCCCCGAGAUGGCCCCGCAGCCCCGUGGUGAUGGCACUGACAGCAGCGGGGCCCCAGGCGAUGGCACGCUGGAGAGGCAGAGGAAAGCAGUGACCUUCCUCCACCCAGCUGGCCCCUCCAUGGGGCACCCUGCCACCCCCAGCCCCACCGAGGUGGCCGCUCAGGGGGCGCAAAGCCCCACGGCACUCCCCAGGCCAGCCAAACUGCCGGCUGAGCUCAGCCACGAGCAGCCAGCUGGGUACGGGGAUGCCAGGAGGGGCUCAGCCGAGCCAAGCAGCAAAGCACCUGUGUCCCCCCCAGUGCGGGAUGUCCCCUCACCUUCACCUCCCGCUGUGGCCAGCGAGGUGACCCCGAUGGAGGCAGAGGCACUGGAGCCAGCAGCUGAGGAGGGGUCCACAGCCUUUGCCCCCACAGCCCCGUGGUCCACCAGCCGCACUGCACCGGAGCUGGAGGGGGCAGAACAUCUCCUCCUGCCCCCCCCAGGCCCUCAGCAGCCCCCCACCAGCACCAGCCCCCCGGGUGUCGCCAGCCACAAGGAUGCACCGACAGCCCCUGGCGAGGAGGAUGCCUCCAGGGAGGUGAAGAGGGAAGAGCCCCCUGCACCCCUCAGCUCCCGCAGCCCCUGGCCAUCGCCCACUGCCUCCCACCCAUGGGUGCCGGAGGCACCCAGGUCCCCAAGCACGGGGCCGCUCUUUGAGCCUCCAUGGCUGCAGAGCUGGGGGGGGCUGGGGGGGCCCCCGCUGCUGGAUGCCGACAGUGGGAGCGGCGAGGAGCUGGCACUGGAGGAGCGGGAGCUGCUGGCCUGGGCGGGCACCGGCAACGCCAGCCGGCACGCCCCGGCCGACCCUUGCCAGAACAACCCCUGCCUGCACGGUGGGACCUGCCGUGCCAACGGCACCGUCUGCGGCUGCAGCUGCACCCCGGGCUUCACCGGGGAGAACUGUGAGAUCGACAUAGACGACUGCCUGUCCAGCCCCUGCCAGAAUGGCGGCACCUGCAUCGACGAGGUCAACUCCUUCAUCUGCCUCUGCUUGCCCAGCUACGGCGGCAGCCGCUGCGAGAAAGACACGGAGGGCUGCGACCACAACUGGCAUAAGUUCCAGGGUCACUGCUACCGGUACUUCGCCCGUCGGCGCUCCUGGGAGGAUGCGGAGCGGGACUGCCGCCGCCGUGCCGGGCACCUCACCAGCAUCCACUCGCAGGAGGAGCAUGGCUUCAUCAACGGCUUUGGGCACGAGAACACCUGGAUCGGGCUCAAUGACAGGAUUGUGGAGCAGGACUUCCAGUGGACUGACAACACUGGCUUGCAAUAUGAGAACUGGCGGGAGAACCAACCUGACAACUUCUUUGCGGGCGGUGAGGACUGCGUGGUGCUGGUGUCCCAUGAGAUCGGCAAGUGGAACGAUGUGCCCUGCAACUACAACCUGCCCUACAUCUGCAAGAAAGGCACAGUGCUGUGCGGGCCCCCGCCGGAGGUGGCGAAUGCCUUCAUCGUGGGGAAGAAGAAGGAGAAGUACAGCAUCCACUCCAGCGUGCGCUACCAGUGCGAGGAGGGCUUCACCCAGCGCCACGUCCCCACCAUCAAGUGCCACAGCACCGGCAAGUGGGACCGGCCCAAAAUCCUCUGCACAAAACCCAGGCGGUCGCACCGAGCGCGGCGGCACCACCACCACCGUCACAGCCACCCCCACCACCAGCACCACCACCACAAACCCCGCAAGGAGCGGCGAAAACACCGCAAGCACCUCCGGCUGGACUGGAUGGAGGAGGGCCACUACUUCUAGAGCCGGGGGAUGAGGAAGCACAAGGGUCCCCGACGGGAUGUGGUGACGUUUCCUGCCCCCCUCCCACCCCCCCUCUUUUAUAGCCCCCCCUGGCUUUAGCUCCUAGGAUGCCCGGCCCCGUAGGGAAUAGGAUCCGGAGGGGGCGGCUGCGUGUGCGUCCCCAGCCCUCCCUGCAUGUCCCACGCUCAGCCCCCCCGACCCGGGGUCGAGUCCCAGCCCUGCACGGGGGACCCCCCAUCCCUGUGCGGGGGCUGUUCCCUGGCUGGGCUCUGGCCCCCUCCCCAAAGUGGGGGUUAACCUGCCAGCCCCCCAUCUCCCACCUUGGCCAUGGUGUCUCACUGGCCUAGCGUGGCUCUGGUUUUUUAGCAGCUCCCCACCCCCCCCAUCCUCCUGCCCCGGCACCCCGGUCCUGCCCAUGGGGCACCUUGCAGCCGGCAUGGGGACCCUGCCCAGCGCGGGGUGGGGGGACGAUGCCACCGGGGCUGGCAUCCUGCUCUUCUGCCUGGUUUGGGGGUGGUUUAUUUUUUUCCCCUUUUCCGUUUGUCGUCGGGUCCCCGUUGGAGUUGGCGUGUGUGUGUACGGCGCUUUCUGAUCUCUGCUGUUUGCGACGUGACUGCCGUGUCCUGAGCCCCCUCCCCCCCCCCCCGCCCCCCACUUCCCCGUGCCAUUUCUGACUCUGCCUUUC